AGCCCCGGGCUCACCAUGCUCCUGGCCUCGGCCGUGGUGGUCUGGGAAUGGCUGAACGAACACGGCCGCUGGCGUCCCUACAGCCCGGCCGUAAGCCACCACAUCGAGGCGGUGGUUCGCGCCGGUCCCCGCGCCGGGGGCAGCGUGGUGCUGGGCCAGGUGGACAGCCGUCUCGCCCCCUACAUCAUCGACCUGCAGUCCAUGAACCAGUUUCGCCAGGACACCGGGACCCUCCGCCCAGUUCGCCGCAACUACUACGACCCGACCUCCGCCCCCGGGAAGGGCGUGGUGUGGGAGUGGGAGAACGACAAUGGUUCUUGGACGCCCUACGACAUGGAAGUGAGCAUCACCAUCCAGCACGCCUACGAGAAGCAGCAUCCCUGGAUCGACCUCACUUCCAUCGGCUUCAGCUACGUCAUUGACUUCGGCACCAUGGGCCAGAUCAACCGGCAGACCCAGCGCCAGCGCCGCGUCCGCAGGCGGCUGGAUCUCAUCUACCCCAUGGUCACUGGCACCCUGCCCAAGGCUCAGUCCUGGCCAGCCAGCCCCGGGCCGGCCGCCGCGCCCCCCGCCCCGCCCUGCUCCUGCCCACAGUGCGUCCUGGUGAUGAGCGUCAAGGCCGCGGUGGCCAACGGGAGCGCUGGACCCCUGCAGCCCCCGGCGGCCCGCAAGAACGUGCCCGCAUCUGGAGCGGUCAAGGUGCCCCCUCCACUGGGCCCCGGGGCCAAGCCACUGGACAUCACGGGCACCAUUCGAGGUCCGGUGAAGAUGGUCCCAUCGCAGGCGAUCCGGCGACAAGCCUCUAGUACGCAGGCAGGGGCAACUGUGGGCUCCCCUGCUAGCCCCCCGGGAGCCAAUGGCAAGACCGGAAGGGUGGCCCUGGCGACCUUGAAUCGGACCAACCUGCAGCGACUGGCCAUCGCCCAGUCCCGGGUGCUGAUCGCCUCUGGGGUCCCCACCAUCCCAGUGAAGAACCUAAGUGGGUCCAGUCCUGUCAACCCUGCCUUGGCAGGAAUCACUGGCAUCCUUAUGAGUGCAGCGGGGCUGCCUGUGUGUCUCACCAGGCCACCAAAGCUGGUCCUCCACCCUCCCCCCGUCAGCAAGAGCGAAAUAAAAUCCAUCCCAGGGGUUUCCAACACAAGCCGCAAGACCACCAAGAAACAAGCCAAGAAAGGUAAAACCCCAGAAGAAGUGCUGAAGAAGUAUCUACAGAAAGUCCGGCAUCCUCCAGAGGAGGACUGUACCAUCUGUAUGGAGCGCCUCACGGCCCCCUCUGGCUACAAGGGUCCACAGCCAACGGUCAAGCCUGACCUGGUGGGAAAGCUGUCCAGGUGCGGCCACAUCUACCACAUCUACUGCCUGGUCGCCAUGUACAACAACGGCAACAAGGAUGGGAGUUUGCAGUGUCCAACCUGUAAGACCAUUUAUGGGGUGAAGACAGGUACCCAGCCUCCAGGGAAGAUGGAGUACCACCUCAUCCCCCACUCACUGCCUGGCCACCCAGACUGCAAAACCAUCCGGAUCAUCUACAGCAUCCCCCCUGGCAUUCAGGGGCCAGAACACCCAAAUCCCGGGAAAAGUUUCAGUGCCCGUGGCUUCCCAAGACACUGUUACCUUCCAGACAGCGAGAAAGGGCGAAAGGUCCUGAAGCUGCUGCUCGUGGCCUGGGAUCGCCGCCUCAUCUUUGCCAUCGGUACGUCCAGCACCACGGGCGAGUCAGAUACUGUCAUCUGGAAUGAGGUCCAUCACAAGACAGAAUUUGGCUCUAAUCUCACUGGCCACGGCUACCCAGAUGCCAAUUACCUGGAUAAUGUGCUAGCUGAACUGGCUGCCCAGGGCAUUUCUGAGGACAGUGCUGCCCAGGAGAAGGACUGAACUGCAGGGGCCUUGGGGUGGGAGGGGCCGUGGGGACCACAGGGCAGGAAGUAGGGAGAGUCCGGGUGGAAGUUGGUGCCGUGCCCUCCUG